AAUUUAUCAUUUUUCAUUUUUGAACUCAAUAUCAACACAUAUCUUCAAGAAAAGAUAAAUCUUAUUUUAAGUAUCUAAAAGAAAAUAAAUUGAGCGUCCAAUAGACUAUUUAAAUGGGUUUUUCAAAAUUGAUGGUGACAUUUACCCUCUUGGUUGUAAUGUCUAUUGCCUUUGAUCUUCUCUCCGGAAUAAGAAUAAACGCGAAAACUGUGCCUCCGACUUGUUACGAGGAAUGUAAAGCUACAUUUCAUAAUCCAGAAUGUAACAAAUUUUGUAUAGGAUUGGCUUAUAAAAAUGGUAGCUGCAUUGAUCCUGAAGGUCUAUAUCUUUCUCCUUUUCGUCGUUGUUGUUGCAAUCCUAUAAUACUUGCACCUCCUUCUCUUUGAUUGAUCAAUAUUUAAAAAUAUAGUUAAAGAUAUAUAACUAUUUUCCUUCUUUGUUCUUUAAAUAUCUGCAAUAAUCAAAUGAAUAAUAUAUAUAUAAUAAAAAAAU